GCUAAAUAAGCAGGAAUGCCAUAUAAACUUUUUGGAUUUCUUUAUAAUGAUCAAGGGUGGUAUUCGUCGAUAAGAUGGCCGUACUGACGUCAUAUAUCGGGUCUAUAAUCGUUACCACGGAAAGGAAGGAACGAUACCGGUCGUAUAUUCACCGCGCCCAAAGAGUUACAGUGUUGGAAAACAUUAAAAAAUCUCGAUCAAACGGUGUAUUAAAUGUGCGGGGAUAAAGGUUUUCCGUCGAUGAGCCGUUUAUAACUUCUUCAUGAUUAAAAUUAGUGGACUAAACAUUUUCUAUCCAUAUAAACCGAUGUGGUCGUGAUUUUAUGUGCACCGUCGGAUAGCCUAGUAGAAGAUAGGUUUUGUGAGGCUGCUAGGGUUUGGAACACUCUAGGUAGCUUAAGUGUUGCAUUAAGCCGAGUUGAAUAUGGGGCCUCAGAACAUCAGAACAAUCAACAUAGCCAUGCAGCAAUGUAAAUAAUAACAACGCCGCUGUAAAGUGUCUUCUGCGCUCUAAACUAGGUGUUAUCUAGUUUCUGCAGUACAGUAUGAACGAAUUGGAUUCUCUUAGGCAGGAAGCAGAAACAUUAAAAAAUGCUAUUAGGGAUGCCCGCAAGGCGGCGUGCGAUACGUCGCUGGUGCAAGCGACCGCCAGCAUGGAACCCAUUGGGAGGGUUCAGAUGCGCACCAGGCGCACCCUCAGGGGCCACUUAGCCAAGAUAUACGCCAUGCACUGGGGCAGCGACAGUAGAAACCUCGUAUCCGCUUCGCAAGAUGGCAAGCUUAUCGUCUGGGACAGUCAUACCACCAAUAAGGUUCACGCUAUACCUCUUAGAUCAUCAUGGGUAAUGACGUGUGCUUAUGCCCCAUCAGGUAGUUUCGUAGCUUGCGGUGGUCUGGAUAAUAUUUGUUCCAUAUAUAGCCUAAAAACUAGAGAAGUUUUUUUAGGAAAUGUCCGUGUAAGCAGGGAACUCCCCGGACACACGGGCUAUUUGUCUUGUUGUCGCUUUCUGGACGACAACCAAAUCGUAACCAGCUCCGGUGACAUGUCUUGUGCUCUGUGGGAUAUUGAGACUGGCCAGCAAGUAACAUCUUUCUUGGGACAUACCGGCGAUGUUAUGUCACUCUCCUUGUCUCCUGAUAUGCGUACUUUCGUUUCUGGCGCCUGCGACGCCAGCGCAAAACUAUGGGACAUCAGGGAAGGCACCUGCAAGCAGACCUUCCCCGGUCACGAGUCUGACAUCAACGCGGUGACCUUUUUCCCGAAUGGGUACGCGUUCGCGACAGGCAGUGACGAUGCCACCUGCCGGCUGUUCGACAUCCGCGCCGACCAGGAGCUAGCCAUGUACAGUCACGACAACAUCAUCUGCGGCAUCACCAGCGUCGCGUUCAGCAAGAGCGGCAGACUGUUGUUGGCCGGAUACGACGAUUUCAACUGUAACGUAUGGGAUUCUAUGAAGACCGAAAGAGCCGGUAUCCUGGCAGGACACGACAAUCGUGUUAGCUGCUUGGGCGUAACCGAGAAUGGAAUGGCAGUGGGAACGGGAUCCUGGGACAGUUUCCUGCGUAUCUGGAAUUAGACUGGCCGCUGCUGCAUCAUUUCGUCAACACCUCAAGAAAGCGUUCUCACCUGCAUCCCAUUACACCUAUUCUCUUUUCCUCCUAAGCAUUCUUAUUUCAUGCAUUUAUAUAUAAUGAGCGAGCAAGUAUGUAUACUACAGUUUUUGUUUUAUUAUGCUUCAUUUCACUUUACACUUUUUAUUCCAAUCCUAUUUUUAUUGUAGUUAGCUUUGUAAUGUAUUUAAUUUUAUCGUUUCCUUCUAUGUUAAGUUAUAUAUUUUUUUGUUACGUUUUAUUCCAAAAGAGAUGAUUUUGUAUAUGUGUAGUUUGUAUAGUAUUAAAUCACACUUCAACAACAAACACGACUGACGUUUGGGGCAUUUUCUAUUCUUUUAUAUUAUAUUGCUGUGAUGUAGGUGAGAUCAUUUGCAUGAUAAUUGUAUGGUACCAAUAAUUUUUCUUGGUUACAAGUACAAAAAAUGACCAAUUCAAGUAAAAAAUGUACUGUGUGGAAGCAUUUUUCCAAUUUGUUCCAGUCAUUUAGAAAAAACAUGCGCAUAGUCGGCGAAUUUUGGGAAAAUUUAUAACACUGCUGACAGGUUUGUCAUAGCAUCACCAAGUGUGAAACUAGGAUAUUUUCUACGGCAUGGGAAGGUCAUGAGCUCAUUCUUGAUAUUUGGGAGAUAAGCGCCUAGAGGAAUCUAAUAACUUUAGACGGACGAAUUACUUGGAUUUGAUCGAUCUUGACAAAUCUGAUUGUUUAAAUUGGUGUUUUUUAUCCUAAAUUUCGUCGACUAUAAGUCAGAAAGCAUGAUGACGUGCUUAUUCGGUGAGCCACGAUAAAAUAAAAUAAUUUGCUUUUAAAGAUCAUGGCAAAACCCUAGUCAAAAGAUAAAACAAAUAUGAGAGUGCCAUAAUAUUUCGAAUAAUGUUUGAAGUAACGAGAUGAGACCAAAUCUAAACUUGCGAACUGCGGCGUUUACGUAUUAAUCCAGUCAAAUUAGAUUAUUUCGAAAAAAUCCAACAGUUAAUAUCAGUAAAUUGUAGUAAACGCAUCUAAGAUAAAAAAAUCAAUUUGUGGUAUUAUAGUUUUGAAGAAUCUGUAGCAAAUCCAGCUCUCAUAUGCUAAUCAAUUUUUGUUAUAUGUCAAUUGCAAUAUUUCUUGAUCAAGCUUUAGUAUAUGUUAAAAUGCCGUUUCAUUUAAAGAAUCGAUGUUUCAAGCCGAGCAUUUUUACAAUUUUUUGAUGAUGUUGGGUUAUUUUCUAGACAACUUCUAAUUCUACUGGACUAUAUUAGGUUCAAUGAAUUAAACGGCAGAUUAAAAAUCAAAUUUAUUUGAGAUACUGCCUCUUAUAAUACUGUAAAACAGUGUUCCAUUUACUGAAAAAAAAACAUCUUUCAUUAUUAAGUUUCAUGUUUUCUAUGUGAAAUCAUACUUUUGUACAUAUUUUGUUUCUUCUUCAUUUUUUUAAUAAUACCAUUUUCUUGAUAAGAUUUUAAUAUAUAGAUAAUGUAGCUUCUGCUUGAAUGUAAAAGUUGGAUGAAAAAAUCUUCGUUUAAUCGAUUUAAAGCACAGAUACUGCAUUACAUAUAUCUCCCGUGAUAUUUCCAAACACUUUUUUAUAAAAAAAACUUCAUACUAUAUAAUAUAUCUCGGGAUAUAUUCCGACUAAAUGUAUAACUUUUUUUAAUUUAUUUAUUCAAAGUGUGCGUGAGUAGUGGUACGAGUGUUUGAACUUCAGAAGCAGGGCGGAUAAAGUCGAAUGUCAGUCGUAGCUUACACAGUUUUGUAACGGCUAUAGAACUGAAAUCAACACCAUCCGAUUCGUUAAGGGCUCAGCCGCUAGAAACUGUGUAUCAGCCAGCAUGUUAUACACUGUUAAAAAUAUAUAUUUGUAAAAAUAAACAACCAUCAGGAAAAGUCGCUACUUCACUUAUGCAGUGAUCCCAUCUCUUUUCUUUUAAACUGACGUGCGAUACAAAUUUAAAGUUUAAAGGUGGUCAUGCUUAGAGUUGUGGUUAUGAUGCAAUUUGGAAGCAGAAUAAGUCAUUAUCUGCAUUGCAAUCAUAACUUUGAAUUUGGUUACUUACUGUGCUGCCCCUCAGAUGAAGCAUUAUUCUUCUGUUACUUAACGUCAUUUCGAGUUUCUUGAAGCAGGAUAAAAGGGAUACUGAUUUGAUGCCAGUGGAUUACAGAAGAAAAAUCUCAUCUUGGUCACGUCAGAGUUCCUGUAAUGGUAUAACCUGAUCUUUGCACUCCCCUGACUUGGCAACUAUAAAAAGUCUAAAUAUAGAUGAAAAGUUGAAAACUGUGCUUGAAAGGAUGGCGAAGUUCAUAAUUUUUUUUUACAGAGUAUAACAGACUGAUUUGCGUUAGUCAUCGGCUUUUAUAUCAACUGCCCCUAAUCUAAAACUUCGUUUUUAGGUUAGUCUGUUCUUAAAGUUGUAUGUAUGUUUUUAUAAAUAAUAGGACAUGUCACAAGGUAAUUACAAAAUCUGUUGAAUUGUUGCUGCUAUCGUUUACAUUUCCAGGGCACAAUAUUGCGCAUUCGAUGUAGUGAGGUUUCGUUUCUUUUCUACGCUGUAAUCAAUAUUGACUGAGGACUGGCCACGUCAAAAUGCUUACAAAGAUUCAAGCGAGAUCCGUAUAGAGAGCAACAGCAUGAAAUGUUAGGAAGCAUAUCAAAAAUAUCUAUAUCUGCUUGUCGUUGUUUAUCAAGGUUAUAAGAAAGAUAACAGAAAUGGAGGAGGUAAUUAUAGCCUUGUGUAAAGAUAUGAAGUUUAAUAUUUGGAAAGCAGUGACUACAUCACUACAGUACUACCAAUUCUUGCUAUUAAAUGUAUAUGUUGGAAAUGAAAUCGUUGAUAUCCGGAUCAGAAGUAUACAACGUUUGAAUUCCAAACUUUAAGGAGUGCAUGAAAAUUAUGAGGAUUAAAAAGCCAUUCUCGAUAAUGUGUACGCAUCUUCAAAACAUUUGAUGACUUUCGGAUAAAGCAUUGCCUUCUGGAUAAUCAUGCAGUACUUUAGGGGAUAUUAAAAUUAUUGAGUGUAGUAUUCUGGUGUAUGCGAUUUCGCGUUUAGACGUGGUGGUUCUUAUAUUACUCUAAUAGGUUUCACAAAGCGUACAACUACCGUUUUUCCUUUACUAGCGAGAAAAGGCGGUGAGUGAUGACCUUUAGCACAAAUUUUCAUAACAGCUAUAAAAUCUUAUGCAUUAAUUUAGUUCGCAUAUAUAAAUAUGUACAUCUAAUAAAGGGACUAUCUACCUGGUUGGUGACGUGUGUUUUUUUCAAACUGUAGUUUAGCAUUGUCAUUUUUUAUUGUUAAUGAUUUACAUGAGUAUGGUGUAUGAAUACUAUAGCAACGUAUAUGUUAUAUUGUAACGUAACAAAUAAAAUGAUUUAAAAUACAUAAUGUUUAAUUCUAUACUGCCGUCAUUCCAACUCCACCAUGGAUGUCCCUCGCAACGCCAGAGUACCGUCGAUUUAAAGGGUUCCCUACACUAUGCGUGAAGUAACAUUCAGGCAUGAGGCGGUAAGACGGGUGCUCGUAUCGCUCGACAUCAACGAAGCUUCUGGGCCGGACUAGAUUCCUG